AAUAAAGGUUCGCUUCAAUUUGAAGACAAAUGGGAUUUCAUGCGCCCUAUCGUUCUGAAACUUCUUCGUCAGGAGUCCGUCACGAAACAGCAGUGGUUUGAUCUGUUCUCAGACGUGCAUGCAGUUUGCCUGUGGGAUGACAAAGGUCCGGCAAAAAUCCAUCAGGCCCUGAAGGAAGACAUCCUUGAUUUUAUUAAGCAAGCACAAGCAAGAGUGCUGAGUCAUCAAGAUGAUACAGCUUUGCUAAAAGCAUACAUAGUGGAGUGGCGCAAGUUCUUCACACAGUGUGAUAUUUUGCCCAAGCCAUUUUGUCAGUUAGAGAUCACUUUAAUGGGCAAACAGGGCAGCAACAAGAAAUCUAAUGUAGAAGACAGUAUUGUCCGAAAGCUCAUGCUGGAUACAUGGAAUGAAUCCAUAUUUUCAAAUAUAAAAAAUAGACUUCAGGACAGUGCAAUGAAGCUAGUUCAUGCUGAAAGACUAGGAGAAGCUUUUGACUCUCAGCUUGUUAUUGGAGUUCGAGAAUCAUAUGUUAACCUUUGUUCUAAUCCUGAAGAUAAACUUCAGAUUUAUCGAGAUAACUUUGAAAAGGCAUAUUUGGAUUCAACGGAGAGGUUUUAUAGAACACAAGCUCCCUCUUAUUUACAACAAAAUGGUGUACAGAAUUAUAUGAAAUAUGCAGAUGCUAAACUAAAGGAAGAAGAGAAAAGAGCACUACGAUAUUUAGAAACAAGACGUGAAUGUAACUCUGUGGAAGCACUGAUGGAGUGCUGCGUCAAUGCCCUGGUGACAUCUUUUAAAGAGACCAUUUUAGCUGAAUGCCAAGGCAUGAUCAAACGAAAUGAAACAGAAAAAUUGCAUUUAAUGUUUUCACUGAUGGAUAAAGUUCCAAACGGGAUAGAGCCCAUGCUGAAAGACUUGGAGGAACAUAUUGUUAGUGCUGGACUUGCGGAUAUGGUAGCAGCUGCUGAAACUAUUACUACUGAUUCUGAGAAGUAUGUAGAGCAAUUGCUUACACUGUUUAAUCGAUUUAGUAAAUUGGUUAAAGAAGCUUUUCAAGAUGAUCCAAGAUUUCUUACUGCAAGAGAUAAGGCAUAUAAAGCAGUUGUGAAUGAUGCUACAAUAUUUAAACUUGAAUUGCCAUUGAAGCAAAAGGGUGUUGGAUUGAAAACACAGCCUGAAUCCAAAUGCCCUGAGCUUCUUGCUAAUUACUGUGACAUGUUGCUAAGAAAAACACCACUAAGCAAAAAAUUAACCUCUGAAGAAAUUGAAGCAAAGCUUAAAGAAGUGCUUUUGGUACUUAAAUACGUACAGAAUAAAGAUGUUUUCAUGCGGUAUCACAAAGCUCACUUAACAAGACGCCUGAUAUUGGAUAUAUCAGCUGAUAGUGAAAUUGAGGAGAACAUGGUGGAGUGGCUCCGGGAAGUAGGUAUGCCAGCAGACUAUGUAAACAAGUUGGCUAGAAUGUUCCAGGAUAUCAAAGUAUCUGAAGACUUGAACCAGGCCUUCAAAGAAAUGCACAAAAAUAAUAAACUUGCUUUACCAGCUGACUCUGUGAAUAUUAAAAUUUUGAAUGCUGGUGCCUGGUCCCGUAGUUCUGAAAAAGUAUUUGUCUCACUGCCCACGGAAUUAGAAGAUCUCAUCCCAGAAGUUGAAGAAUUUUAUAAAAAGAAUCACAGUGGUAGAAAACUGCACUGGCACCACCUCAUGUCCAAUGGAAUUAUAACAUUUAAGAAUGAGGUUGGCCAGUAUGACUUGGAGGUAACAACAUUUCAGCUAGCUGUGCUGUUUGCAUGGAACCAAAGACCCAGAGAGAAGAUCAGCUUUGAAAAUCUUAAACUGGCAACUGAACUCCCUGAUGCAGAACUUAGGAGGACUUUAUGGUCUCUUGUAGCAUUUCCAAAGCUGAAACGUCAGGUUUUAUUGUAUGAACCUCAAGUCAAUUCACCCAAAGACUUUACAGAAGGAACCCUCUUCUCGGUGAACCAGGAGUUCAGUUUAAUAAAAAAUGCUAAAGUUCAGAAAAGGGGCAAGAUAAAUUUGAUUGGUCGAUUGCAACUUACUACAGAGAGAAUGCGAGAAGAGGAGAAUGAAGGAAUAGUCCAGCUAAGGAUAUUACGAACCCAGGAGGCUAUCAUCCAAAUAAUGAAAAUGAGGAAGAAAAUUACUAAUGCCCAGCUUCAGACUGAACUGGUAGAAAUAUUGAAAAACAUGUUCUUACCACAAAAGAAAAUGAUAAAAGAGCAAAUUGAAUGGCUUAUAGAGCACAAAUAUAUCAGAAGAGAUGAGUCGGAUAUCAACACCUUCAUAUAUAUGGCAUAACGUGAGGACUGAGAUGCUGAGAACACAAAUGGAAGGGUGCUUGGACAGACAGCUGCAACAGUUUGUGCUGCAAAGGACCUGUUUUGACUUUCAUUACGUAUUAAAAUCCCUGCCUUACCUUAAAGAGGACUCUAUUUUGCCAAUCUCAUUCAGCUAGCAUGAUGGCAUUCCCUUCAUGUUGCACACUUUUAACAGCAUGCUGUUUUGUGGGAAACUUGCAUUCAUGAAGAGCCCAUUGUGAACUUUUAAAAGUAGAUUUGACUUACACCCACCAGGAAGAACAGGUUUGGGUUUUUAGAUGACCAGUACUUGCACAAAGGAAAAAUAUUCAAAUAUUCAUGCACUGAGGAACUGCUACUAGUUUUGUUUUGGUUUUUGUUGUUGGUUUUUUUUUUGUUUGUUUUUUUUUUUAAUGCAAUUAGGACUAGAAGUAGCACUUUCACUUUUGUGUUUUGGAUCAACAGAGUCAUGUACUGUCCACCUUUGAUCCUUUUUGUAAUAACAUUUGAGAGACACAUGCCUCACAAACUGAUACAUAUUUGUUUUCAUUAAAAUCUGUUGGCUAGAGCAGUGCUUCAAUCUAGUAACUGGAUUUUAAUAUUUGACACAUAAGUGACAUAAAAAUAAUUCCAACUCAUGGGUGAUACUUUCCUUUAAGCAAGAGAGCAUUGUUUUUAAAUUGCUUUCUGUAAAGAAGUGGACAUACAUUAUUUGUUACUUUAUUUGGACAGAUGAUUUGGUACAAUCCUCUUUGAGAAGGCAAAGCUUUCUUGAAUGAUAUUCCACUAUAAAAACAGUUUCCAUAGAUAGGUCUGUUAUUCAAACAAAAAUAUUAAAUGUAUUUCCUUGUACAUUUAAUAUUUGUAUUCCAGGUAUUUAAAUAUGACAUACAUGUAAGCGCAUUAAAGAGAAAUUGAUACCCAAAUUCUCAGAAGAUAACGCUCAAAGAUUCCUGUAUUAAUUCCUCACUGGUAGCUCUCUCUGUAUGUAUAGAUGUAAGGUUAAUCACAUAUUGGCUCUUCUGUUCCUUGAAAGUCAACGUCUUUGAAACUGUCAGAAUGGGAAAUGCAGUUCUAACAGAAAUGGUAAAAAGCUUAGGAAAAAUGCCCUGUGUGAUGUAUGUGGAGAGAGUGCCAAGGACACACCAGGAAUUCCAAUUUCUUAAUGUUACCUCUUCUGUUGUCAAUCAUCUGAAGUAGUUGUUUGGCAAUGCUUGCCUCUCUGCUGCUCUGAAAUGCCCCUGCAUGUCCUGGGCUGUCAUAGGACUCACUGGAGCAGAGUGCCUGUCUUGGGAUAAAAGGUAAGUUGAGCCUUACUCAGUUCUGUAUGAAUAUUCGUAUAUAAAUUGCAAGUGUGCAUUUUUUUAAUUUACCAGCCGAGUACAAUAUCUCAAGGUCUUCUCAAAUGAUUGAAAGAGGGUAGAGGAUAGGAUUGACCUUAGUCAGAAAGGAAAACCUUCCAUUGAAAGGAGGAGUUUAUUUUUACAUGGUUGCAGUAAAGGGUGAAAUAAGAGCAGUUUAAAAGCAAACUCACUGCAGGAGUGGCUGUUUGCCCCCUUAAACCAGCUGCUUGGUCUGCUUACUAAUGUACUUGCCAUCGUGACUGCCUGCAUGUGGUGUGUGCUUGGUCCUCUGUUUGACUGAGGAAUUUGCAGUACUGGAGGUUUCACGAGCAAGAAGAGAUGUAGAGACGCCGAGACCUGGCAAAGUAGUAUUUACAAACUACAGAUUAAGCUCGAUGCUUUUAUUGAUUAAAAACAGUUGAUGCUGUUCAAAAAUACCGCAUCUUUUUUCUUCUCCUGUGGUGUUGCUAUUUAGAAUCAAAAGCAAGUGGUGCUCUGUGUAGUUAGCCACUAAAACCAUUCAAAUGGUAGAAAACAAAAUUCUAAUAAAAUCCUUGUGCUACGGGCGUUUUGGUGUAUGGAAGGUAAAUUACAGGCAAUGAGUGCUCAGCUGAGAUAGUUGGGAGAAACUGACAACCCAGAGCUCUAAAACGUGACAGUCUGAGCACAGCCUCCACCAUAAGAAAUUCCAGCCCUUAAGCACAGGAACGCACAGACGGAGCGCUGUGAGGGGGCAGUGCAGCUUCUGAAGCAUUGACUUAGGUUGAGAGGAGUUGAGAGCGUCUUACAUGCAAUCAUUCAGGACGUUGGAGCGCAUGCAGAAAGCAGCAGAGUGUUAAAAUCUAACAAACUGUUUUCCCUCAACUAAUAAGUAUGAAAUAGUAUAACCUCAAAGUUACCUAUGUACCUUCUCAACACCUGGGAUAUGGAAAUACACUUGGUAAUGUGCCUACAACGUGGUCAUUUUUCUUUAAAUAUAUGCUGAAAAUGGAUGUUGGUUUUUUAUUAAAUCUGAGAAUCACACCAGCAAAUUUGUUAAAGAUGCAGAAUCGUGUUUAGCAUCCUUCAUCAGGUCACUUUCACCAGUAUGCACUUAGAACUCCUAUCAGCUGGGGCACAGGGAGGUAGCUGGGCUGAAUGUUCUUUUGAGGAUGGCAGAGUUCAGCUCUGAAUGAAAAUGAACUAUUCUUCAUUUGCAAUAUGGCAACAACGCACUUUUAAGGCUACAGUUCUUAGCUAUGAAUUCAUAUGUCCAAAGACCUUGCUUAAAAGAGGUGCUGCAUCUGAGAAGCAUGUUGCCACACACUGCCACGGUGAACGGCUAUGGAGAAAACCUGUUGUAGACAAGGGGGGGAAUCGCUCUUAAUGGGUUUAAUUAUAAGGAAUACUGUUAAAACUUUCUCUGUCCCAACAACGUGAUGAGGAUCUCAGUUUCAAUUUUGAAGUCUUCCAUUUUCCUCUUUCCACAGUUGGUGUUCCUAGCUCCUAUUUUUGUUCAUCUUUCAUUCAUUUGUUACGACUGUAAUGCAAUUGCGUUUCCAAAAGGAAAUGUGACUUUCCUGUUACCACCUUUAUAAACUUAACCUAAACGUAUUGAAUGUUCACACGUUGCAUUGAUUUGCAUUGGGAUGCCAUUGUCCUGUAAAGUGCGCAUUUUAAAAAUACAAUUGGCAAAAAGAUUUGAUAGUUUUACAGAAAGAUUUGCUAUCUCAAACUGUUUUCUAUUUUCAUUGAAAUGACUGGGAUGCUACCUUUGUAAUUCUUUGAGGUCAGAUUUGUGAAAUAAACAAUACACGAAAGCUUUCCUGUCAUAUACACUAUAUGUAGUCUGGAGUGUUGAGCAAACUUGAGUUCCUGAGUUGUAAUAUCUAUCUGCGUAUGGUAUUUACAAUUUUGAAUGUGUGCCACUACCGAGGCGAUAACGCUGUACAGUUUGGAAUGGUGGUAGUUUCUGUAUGGCAGUCCAGCUGAACUAUUUUGAUGUACUGCUUAAUUUUUGAAUUUUAUUUUUUAAGUUGUAUAAUUUAUUUUCUUGCAAAAUAAAAAUGUAAUAUAAAAGACUA